AUGCCUGGUUUCGCAGACUCCUUCUGGUCGGCAGACUAUGCCGCAGGACUCGGCGUUUUGUUCGGCAAGCUUCAACAAGGAGUCCAAGAGGACCGACAAAUCCUGACCAUUGCACGGAUGCGCGCCGAAGCCGAGGAGCUGUACGGUCAAAAGUUGGGAGACAUCGCGCCGUCGGCUGACAAGAUCCCCGGUGGCUUCUCUCGCGACGAUGGCGCCAGCACUAAGAAAGCAUACGAUGGAGUGCGAACCGAGAUGGAAGACGCUGCCAAGAGCCACCUGAAGAUCGCCCAAAGCAUUCGCGACCUGGUUGUGAAUCCCUUUACAAGGUGGUGCGAUGCCCACGAAUCCCGCGUCCAGGAGUCUCAGGAUGAUUUGCAAACUCGCAUCAAGGCGCAUGAUCGCCAGGCCGAGAAUGUCAAGAAGCUUCGCAGCAACUACUUCAACAAGUGCCGCUUGGUGGAAGACAUCGAAGAGGAGAACAAGAUGGCUUUCCAAACGGCAGAGACGAGCCCGAAGCCAGUCAACCCAAAUGUGCCCGAAAUCAAGAUCUCGGAGAACAAGGAAAAGGAAAAGGAAGAGGAUGACGACGAGAUAUAUGAGAUUGGAGAUGAAACAUACCACACUGAACAGGUCAAGAAGAUCCUCUCCCAUAUGCUCAACACCAUCAAGACUGGCGAGACCAAGGUUCCUAUUCUCGGCACAUACCUCAAUACGUCGGCCGGUUCUGAUAUCGUCGAAUACCUGCAAAAAUACAUGAACACCACCACCAUCAGCUACGCUGAGAGAAUUGGACAAGAUCUCAUCUCAAGCGGCUUCCUGCGACUCGUUGGCAACGUGGGCAACAGCUUCGCCAACAGCUCCAAGCUUUUCUACCAGUGGAAGCCCAAGGCUUUCCAAUUAGCAGGUGUCCCAGAGAAGAAGCCCACCCCGGUGUCCAGGACGUUCUCCAUGCCUAACUCCGAAAGCGGAACCGACUCGCCGGUGAUUGGCACUGUCAGUGAGUAUCUUCAAGGAUGGGGCCUCAACAACCAGUACCCGAACGAGACUCCGGCAGACCGUCUUCGUCGGGAAGCAAGGGAGACAGACGACAAGUACAAGGCCGGCGUCCGAAAACUUGACGAAAUGCGAUGCGAGCUGGAGGAGGCCAUUCUGGUCCAUCUCAAGUUCCUUGAGCGAUGCGAGCUGGACAGACUGAAGGCCAUCAAGACCGUCAUCCUCGACUUUUCUGGCACCAUUGGCAAUGUCAUUCCAAGUCUCCAGUCUACUGUCGACCGAAUGGUCUUGUACCAAGAGACCGUCCAACCGGGGGGCGAUCUGCGGUACUUCCUCGAGAACUACCGCACCGGCAGUUUUGCUCCCAAGGUUGUCACGUACGAGAACUACUACAACAAGGUUGACGAGCAAACGUUCGGCGUGGAUCUUGAGGCUCGUGCGAGAGCCGAUAGAAAACGUGUGCCGCUCAUCAUCACGACUAUUUUGACAUACCUGGACAGCCAUUAUCCAGAUUUGGAAGGAGAUGUGGCUAGACGGGAUGUCUGGUUAGUGGAGGUGCCUCUCGCUCAGGUUCACAAGCUGCGCGCAAAGAUCAACAAUGGCAAGGUUUUCACGCAUGAGACUCUAGGAGAGUUUGAUGUUCCGACCGUUGCCAGUGUGCUCAAGCUAUACUUACUCGAGUUGCCAGACUCUCUUGUUUCUUCUCACGUCUACGAAAUUAUCCGCACCAUCUACAAUACACCAGGAACAGAUAACUCUGAAGCUGCGCGUAUUAGCGUACUUCAGCAAACAUUAUCACAAUUACGUCUCACGAAUAUCGCCACUCUUGACGCUUGUAUGAACCACUUCACCCGUCUCAUUGACUUGACGUCAGCGGAUGAGCAAUAUGUUUCCACUCUCGCUACAUCUCUCGCCCCUUGCAUUCUACGACCCCGCAAUGAGACUUCUCUGACCAUGGAGGAGAAGCAUUCUUACCGCCUGAUCCGUGAUCUGUUUGCAAACAAGGACGCGAUCUUCUCAGAGCUUAAGCGUAUGUCGACUUUGUCGCAUUCAAGCUCUGUGACCUCCAACAACAACAACAACCGCCCACGUGCGAUAAGCACUGAUGAGAGCAACAGACGUGCUCAUAUGGAAGAGCGCCAGCGGGCACUGCUAGAGAAGGCUGGCGGUAGUAGCAGAACCAGGGCCAUCAGUCCCGCACCGAGCCCGCGUCACCGCCGUGACCGCAGCGUAGGCGGCCCGGAGACUCGAUUCCCCAUUCAGACAUCGCCAACUUCUGCCACCGACCGUAGUCGCACGAGCAUUGCCAGCUUAGCCGGAGGUGUAAAGCGUUCAAGUCUCGAGGUCCCUGAUGCCGAUGGUGCUGCCCCUGCUGCCCCUGUCACUCCCGCCCCUGCUUCUGCAGUAGCCGCCGAAGUUAAUGGCACCAACGGUGAGGUAAAAUCCGAUGCCGAGUCGCCUACAGCUGAGAGAGUCGAGAAGAGGGAUAGCCUGAAGAGAAGCAGUGUCCGUUUUGAACGCGGAAGAAGGAUUACAUUGACAUCUGCCGCUGACAAAGCAACUCCAUCCGAACCCAUAGGCGAGGAAAGCUCCACUGAGUCGGCACCAGCUACUCACGGAGUAACGCUUGUUGACAAGCCUAUGGAUGACUAG